AUGUCCAUCAGUCGGAAGAACUGGUCGGCUUUGUCCAGCCUGGCGCGCCAGUGGACGAUGGAGGACGAGGAGGAGGUGGAAAGGGAGAGGAGGAGGAAGGUGAAGGGCUCGAGCACCUCCACCGAACCUGAUGUUGACUUCAGCCAAACAACCGGAGACACGCCCACCAGUGACAGCACCUUUGGGACAGAGACCACAAGUGAGAUGUCCCAGGGCCUCAGCAGUGCGGAGCAGACGCAGCUGGACUUUGUGGAUAUGCUGCGAGUCCGUGAUGAAAAGCGGAGGAUGAGGCAUGUGGAGACGCUGAGAAGACAGAAAGAGGUAGGGGAGGAUGAAGCGGAGGACUGCGGAGGAGAAGCCAGAGUGGAGCUACUGGGGGACAUGGAUGAGGAGCAGGGUAGUGCGUUGCCCCCUGUCAAAGCCACAUCAAAACCACAACCACCCCUGAAAACAGCCUCUUACAGCACCACCACCAACAGCCCCACCACCACCAGCAGCAGCAGCAGCAGCAGCAGCAAAACCAGCUCUCACAUCACAAACAGACAACACGAAAAUGUACAGUCGUCGAGCAAAGACCCCGAUCCCAAGCCACCGUCCAACCCGGCUCGCAAGUUUGUCAGUUCUGUCUCCAUCUCACUCGACAAAAGUCCCUCCGCCAGCGGGUGCACAAGUCCCAUGAGCCCUUGCUCUCCGACGGCCGCUUUCUCACCUCGAGAACACUGGCCGUCGCCUUGCCAGAGCCCCCCUCCGAGGGGAGCUCAAAGCCCCGUUCAGAAUGGACACACACAGGAGACCAGCGCGAAUGGCUCUUCCUCCAACGUCAACUUCGAACAGACGGCCCAACCAGCAUUCAUCAGACAGAGCUCGAGGACUAUAUCUUUCAGACUGAUGAAGAAGAAAGAAGAGGAGAGUGCCCCGCUGCAGAGGAGUGCGAGUGUGAGGAUGGCCUCCAAGAAGUUUGAAUCCAACACAGAUAAAAAUGAAGAUGAAGACAAAGCAUCAUCUUUCCAGAGAAACUCUAGGCAGAGGAUUUCUUCCAGGUCCAUCCAGGAGAAGAUGGAGAGACUGGCUCAGGCUGCACAGAAGUCAGACAUGACGCGAUCCCCAGACGUGACCCAGAGGACUCUGUUCCUGCUGGACGAGGUGUCCAGGAAGAGAGGCCUCUUUGAGAAGGAGCAGCAGGAAGCGAGCCCCACCAGCCCGGGAGUCUCCAGACAGGAAUUUAGGAGCUUCACAUCAGGAAUGACAGACCGGAUCAACGGCUGGAUGAACAAGACCAAACAUUCUGGGUCUUCACACAAUCCGACUGACUUGAGACAUGUGGACAUCACCAGCAAGAGGAGCCUGUUUGAGAGCAGAGAGGAGGACAGUGUCCCAAAAACCAGCCCUGGAAAAAUCUACAAGUGAAGGUUGUCCAUUUAUAAAGCCCAACAGGAUUUAAAAGAGAGGACAUGAAAAAGAAAACUGGAAGACUAAUGGAUGCCAUGAAGCUAUUUAUGUUGUUUUUUUCUUCCUUUCCAAAGCUCACAGGGGGAACUGAAUGCCAAAUAGAGAAAAAUGUGAGAUUUAGCUUUUAAAAAAGGACUGAAAUGGAGGAUACUGCUUUUAAAUUUAAGAGGCUUUAAAUCAUACACUUCUGCAUCGCUUCUUUGAAGUACAGAUAUGUCUUAAUGUGUGAGGAAGAGAGGAGAAGAAAGGUGAUAGAGAACAGGGUGAACAUUCAUACAUUUGUUUUAAACCUCUUCAGCUAUUUGCCUAUUUUAUGUAAUUGUUAAAGCACUUUAGAAAGGUGAAGGUCUUCAGGCUAGUGAUGCCGAUUUAUUUUUACUAAAUUACAGUAGUGGGAAUUCUGGAGUUGUAAUUGUAUGUUUUUGUUAAAUCUUCCGUCAUUGGGGGCAAGAUCCAGCCGGUCUAAGAAAUA